AUUACCAGCCAGCUAGAGAGAGGUCAGCUAACAGCUGAUUGUGGACACCUGCAUAUCCAAAACAAAAUGGCUUCUCUCACAAGUAGCCCGUGGCUUCAUCUCCUACUGCUUCUCGUGGCCAUGGGCACGUUCGCGGCAGCCGGUGGCAGCGGGAACCCCACAGCCGGGUUCCAGAAGGUGCAGCUCGCCGACGGCGAUUUCCAGGUUCAGAGCCCCUACAACGUGCCGGAGAGCCAGCGGUUCGAGUACCGCAACGGCGUGCGGACGUUCUGGGUGCACCGAAAUGACAAGCCCUUCAACACCGCCACACACACCAACCCGCGCUCCGAAGUCAGGCUCCGAGACCAUGACUACUCGUCGGGGGUGUGGCAGUUCGAGGGCUACGGCUACGUGCCUUCGGGGACCUCCGGCGUGUCCGUGAUGCAGAUCCACAACGAGGAGGGCGCCGCGCACUCGACGGUUCUGAUGUUGCAUGUCUACGACGGCGUCCUACGGUUCUACAGCGGGGCGGCCGUCGAGGCCAACAUCUACGACCGGUGGUUCCGCCUCAACGUGAUGCACGACGUCGGCGCAUCCACGGUGGCCGUGUAUGUCGAUGACGAGCACAAGUUCAGCACCAACGUGACCCCUAGCAAGUCCUACUACUUCAAGUUCGGAGUCUACAUGCAGCACCACGACCAAUCCAGCUGCAUGGAGUCACGAUGGACCAACGUCACUCUCUAUACUAAGCACUACUAGACCGUAGACAGCCAUAUGUGUUAUAAUACGUACUAGCGUGUUGUAUAUGUUUACACCACCCUAUGUAUAUUACAUUAUUGAUUACCAUCAGAGUUUGAAUAA